CAUUUCCAAAAAUCCGCCCGUCUAUUUUCAGCUCGAACGAUCAUAAUUAAUGAAUACUUAGAUUCUGUUUUUAUCUUUGAACUUUUUUUAUUUGUCUUAAAAAUGCCAAGAAAUUAAUACUAAACCCAGCCAACUUUACAGUUCAAAUAUUAGACAUAAAAGUUGGAACAGAUUUCAGAAAUUUUGUAAAUGUUUCAUUGUACUGUACAGCUACUUGUUGUUCUACAGUACCUAGCUGUACAAGCUGUACAUGGGUUUCCAACAACCAGUCAACCCGAACCAGGUAUCUAUUUAUCUAUAAACCCCCUGGCCUUCACACAAUCUGAUGGAACUAUUGUUAAAAGGAGAUUAGAAAUUACUUGGUUCGGGAGACAGGAUAAAGGUGAGGAUAGGCUACAAUUGUACCAAGGAGAUGAAACAAUACUUGAAAUACAGCCAUCUUUGUAUCCAGAUGGGUUCUUUACAUCAAAUAUCCAGCUACCCUACCCACAUAUACAAGAUAUCAGUUCAAAUUCUACAUGUAUAUUCAACUAUAGCGUGAGAUGGUUUGUGGAUGGAUCAGAGAUUGCAGUUGCUUGUCUCAGAUCUCAACCUACUUGGAUGUGGAACAACAGAGAGUUCUUAAAAAAGAUGAAGAUUGGAUCGAUGAUGUUGACCGGAAGUCAUGACGCAGGUGCUUACCGAGACUACCAAGGGGAGGGGGAUAAUAACCUUGCUACCAGCGCAGUUUACGCACAAGAGGAGGAUCUACGCAAUCAGCUGACCUGGGGAGUUAGGUUUCUAGAUAUCCGGGUUGGCUACUACCCUACUCUAGAUGAAAAGUUCUGGUUGGUUCAUGGCAUCAUUAAAACUCAUCCUAUGACUGAAGGAAUUUCUCAAGUUCGGGAGUUCUUAAAAAGUUCCCGGGAUAUUAUGGUUUGGGAGAUAAAUGGAUUUGAACAACCCUGGGAUGAAGAUGCCCAUCAG